AUAGUACUUUGGCCUUCGAUGAAGAAAAUUGGUCCUUUCAUGGUACCUUGAGUGGGAAAUAGUCACAAAAUUAAAUGCUUCGCUUCGACUUUGGGAUUCGAACUCGUACCUGAGCGCAGAACAUGGAGAACGAAUCCUCAAAGAAAUGGGGUUUUCAAGUUCACCAAAAGUUCAAGACGGAAUCAGCUAUUACACUUCGAUCGGCACUUACUAGCUUAAUGGAUAAUAUUGACCAAAACGACUCAAGACCAACCAUUCCUUUGGGCCAUGGCGACCCCUCUGUGUUCCCUAGCUUUCGAACUGCUAAGGUCGUGGAAGAUGCCAUCAUUGAUGCCGUAAGAUCCUCCAAGUUUAACUGCUAUGGACCCUUCUUAGGUAUUCUCCCUGCAUUAAGGGCAGUUGCAGAUUAUCUCAACCGAGACCUCCCAUAUAUGUUGUCACUGGAUGAUGUUUAUCUUACCCUUGGAUGCAAGCAAGCAAUAACAGUUAUAUUAUCGGUCCUUCUCCAUCCUGGUGCCAACAUUUUGCUUCCAAGACCUGGUUGGCCAUACUAUGAAUCUUUCACUAGACAGAACAACGUUGAAGCUCGCCUUUUUGAUCUUCUUCCAGAAAAAGGUUGGGAGGUUGAUCUUGAUGCAGUGGAAGCUCUUGCAGAUGAGAAUACUGUUGCCAUGGUUAUCAUAAAUCCUGGCAAUCCUUGUGGAAAUGUCUUCACUUACCAACAUCUGCAGAAGAUUGCAGAGACAGCAAGAAAACUUGGGAUUAUGGUGAUUUCUGAUGAAGUCUAUGACCAUCUCACAUUUGGGAAUAAAGCUUAUGUGCGAAUGGCAGUAUUUGGAUCAACAGUACCUGUUAUUACCCUUGGAUCCAUAUCAAAGAGAUGGAUAGUUCCUGGCUGGCGUCUUGGUUGGCUUGUGACAUGUGAUCCCAAUGGCAUUCUUAAAAAUUCAGGGGUUGUUGAUGCCAUUAGGGAAUAUAUCAAUAUUGCUGGGAAUCCUCCAGCAACACUAAUUCAGGGUGCAGUGCCCCAAAUCCUUGAGAAAACAGAGACAGCUUUCUAUUCCAAAAUCAUUGACAUACUGAGGGUGGCUGCAGACAUUUGCUAUGACAGAAUUAAGGAGAUACCUUGCAUAUAUUGCCCAACGAAACCAGAGGGGUCCAUGUUUGUAAUGGUGAAGCUGAACCCAUCAUUGUUAGAAGACAUUAAUGAUGACAUGGAAUUCUGUCUCAAGCUCGCUAAAGAGGAAUCGGUUAUCGUUUUACCAGGGACAGUUCUGAAAAUGAAAAAUUGGCUUCGGAUAACAUUUGCCAUUGAACCUUCAGCACUUGAAGAUGGGCUCAGGAGGAUUAAAGCCUUCUAUCACAGGCAUGCCAAGAAAUAAUGAAUCUGUAUGAAAUUCUGAGGUGUAGCAUGGUGAUCAAAAUAGCUCGUUGAUCUCUUUUGCAAAUAAAAUCAGCUUUUUCUCUGUAUCUGCAAUUCAAUAAAAAGAAAAAACAUAAGCGGCAGUGGUGGUUGGCAACUCCUCGUUGGACCACAAAUGUGAUUUGCCAUUUACAUAAAUGUUCAUAUAUAUAUGUACGUGUUGUACUUUACUUGAUUUAUUCAGUUCACCAUUUUAUGAACAGAAUUCUUUGGAUUUCAUUA